UAUAAGUGACCAAACCAUUGCAAUAUCAGUAGUUCAAGCACUCUUAUUUUAAUAUCUUUAGCUGACUUUAGACCAACCCUUUUUCUUUUCUUGAACAUUUUCAUGGCUCUUCAUGCUGCUGCUCUUGUUCCUUCUACUUUCUCCAUUUCCAAAGAGGGGAAAGCUAGUGCAAACUUGAAGAAUUCUAGUCUCUUUGGAGUUUCUCUCUCUGACUACACUAAAUCUGAUUUUGGCUCCUCUUCAUUCAAAGUCAAGAGCCAAAGAAGAUUGUCCAAUGGAGCAGUAAGGGCAACAAUGGUUGCAUCUCCAGGCGUAACCACUAAUUCUCCAGCAGGAAAGAAAACCUUAAGAAAAGGGUGUGCAAUUGUCACUGGAGCCUCUUCAGGAUUAGGCCUGGCCACAGCAAAAGCACUAUCCGAGACCGGAAAAUGGCAUGUAAUUAUGGCUUGUAGGGACUUUUUAAAAGCUGAGAAAGCUGCAAAAUCAGUUGGCAUGCCUAAGGAGAAUUACACCAUCAUGCAUUUAGACCUCGCGUCGCUUGACAGCGUCCGCCAAUUCGUCGAUAACUUCCGGAGGUCUGGUCGUCCUCUUGAUGUAUUGGUUGCCAAUGCAGCUGUGUACCAACCAACUGCUAAAGAGCCUUCAUUUACAGCUGAAGGCUUUGAGAUUAGUGUUGGCACUAACCACCUUGGACAUUUCCUUCUUUCAAGAUUGUUGCUUGAUGACUUGAAGCAAUCUGAUUACCCUUCAAAAAGACUCAUAAUUGUUGGUUCAAUUACAGGAAACACGAAUACUUUGGCUGGAAAUGUACCUCCAAAGGCAAAUCUUGGUGACUUGAGGGGUAUGGCCGGGGGUUUAAAUGGAAUUAACAGUUCAGCGAUGAUCGAUGGUGGGGAAUUCGACGGUGCAAAAGCGUACAAAGACAGCAAAGUCUGUAACAUGCUCACUAUGCAGGAAUUCCAUCGUCGAUACCACGAAGAAACUGGCAUUACAUUUGCCUCUCUUUACCCUGGCUGCAUUGCAACAACAGGGCUAUUCAGAGAGCACAUUCCCUUGUUUAGGCUCCUUUUCCCUCCAUUCCAGCAGUAUAUUACUAAGGGAUUUGUCUCUGAGACUGAAGCUGGAAAGAGACUUGCUCAGGUUGUAAGUGAUCCAAGCCUGACUAAAUCAGGUGUGUACUGGAGCUGGAACAAAGAUUCAGCUUCUUUUGAGAACCAGUUGUCUGAAGAAGCCAGUGAUGCAGAGAAAGCACGUAAAGUAUGGGAAAUCAGUGAGAAGCUUGUCGGUUUGGCUUAAAUUUUGGGACUAACCUUAACCAUUGCCAAGGCAAACAAGAAAAGAAGAGUUGAUGAGUGAGAAUUUGAAUCGGAAUUUCUAGGCUGUUGUAAAGAGAACUGUCACUUUAGUUAGGAUUGAAAAUAAAUGUCAGUCACCUUGUUAUUUUCUGAUGGAAAAUGUCACUAAUUCAUGUUGAAGUUAAGUGAAGUGAUGGCUCAUGAGCAUUGUUAGACAUCAG